CCAGAACACUGUCUCCCUACUCAAUAUGCGUUUCUUCUCUUUUGCCCUUGUGUCCAGUCUCUUGGCUGCGACUGCCAUCGCCGGUCCUGUCGAGCUUGAGAGGCGCCAGUACUCCCCUUGUGUCCGGAAAUGCUUGGAUGAUCUCGGUAUCUUCGAUGGCAUCGCCGUUCAAGGUUGUCGCCAAGAAUGCGGCGAGUGGCCUUAGAUGAGGAUUAUCCACGCAGUGUCUAUCAUGUGUGCACGACGCAGUGUCGGAACUACGGCUCAGUGGACAGAGGCCAGCUGCAACGUGGGGUGUAACUCGAAGACUUUCGUUGCUCAAAACUCACCUACUGCACUGCCA